AGAGAGAGAGAGAGAGAGAGAGAGAGAGAGAGAGAGAGAGAGAGAGAGAGAGAGAGAGAGAGAGCGAGAGCGAGAGAGAGAGAGGCAUGCUAUUGGUAAAGCCCUCUCUGAUUGUCAGUUGUGUGAUAGACACACAGCCUCUCUGCUUCUGCUCACUAAGGGAAUAGCAAUGCCAAGUGACAGCUCCCCCAGAAGCCAGCUGGAUUUAAAUCCACUGUAGAUACAGUACACGCUUCAGACAAGGAGAGACACACGCUGGGAUAGCAGAGGAAGCAACACAGUGCGAAAUACAUCGCAGAGCUUGAAGGACAGCAAGGUGAUGGAAGCCCUCGUUUUCUAAUCUCUUAUUUCUUUUCCUCGAUAUUUCACGAUGGAACUAAGACAAUAUUUGGGGGUCACCUCUACACGAAUGCUAUUUAAUCUUUAAUUUGAUUAUGCAGAGCGGGGAAUUUUCCAUAUUGCUUUAAUAUUGGAUUAUUAACUGACUGUUAUUUUUUUUUCAUUGUGGUCAACUUGAUUAGAACCAGUUUGAAAGUAAUACCUUUUUGAUAUUUCUUUCUCCUGUUGUGUGAACUUAUCAGCUGGUAGAGAAGUCAGUAUUGCUGGGGUGUGUGCGAUCCCGAAACCUGCUUUUCUUGUAGGAUAUAAACCACUGUAGGAUUGAAGGAUUGUGGCUAUCUCUGAAUAUUUUGAAAUAUUUUUUUUGUGAGUGUGUUAAGUUAUUUCAAAACGCAAACGCCUGCUGUAUUUUCGGCACCAUUUUGGAAUUUCGUUUUUUGAUGGGUUAGGGGGCGUAGAAGCGAUUGGUUCCAAACAUGGCGGCAUUAGCGAGCUCCCUCAUUCGGCAGAAGCGUGAGGUCAAAGACGCUCCGGCAAACAGACCCAUCGCCACGAAGAGGAAAGCGUGCUCUCGAACCAAAAAGUCUCUGUGCCAGAAACAGAUUCUCAUUCUCAUCUCCAAAGUGAGGCUGUGUGGUGGAAGAAGAGGGAGGAUAGAGAAAAGACCAGAGCCCCAGCUGAAGGGCAUCGUCUCCAGGCUGCACUGUCAGCCCGGCUUCUAUCUGCAGAUGAAUCUGGACGGUUCGAUGGACGGGACCCGUGAUGAGGGCAGCUCCUCCUCUCUGUUUAACCUCAUUCCUGUCGGGUUGCGCAUUGUGGCUAUCCAAGGCACCAAGACUGGACUCUACAUCGGCAUGAACAGUGAAGGCUACCUCUACACCUCAGAACACUUCACCCCGGAGUGCAAGUUCAAAGAGGGUGUGUUUGAGAAUUACUACGUGACCUACUCCUCCAUCCUUUACCGGCAGAGAGAGUCAGGCAGGGCCUGGUACAUCGGGAUCAACCGCCAGGGUCAAGUGAUGAAGGGCAAUCGAGUCAAGAAGACCAAAGCAGCCGCCCACUUCCUGCCUAAACUCAUUGAAGUGGCGAUGUACCGCGAGCCUUCUCUGCAUGAGCUGGCUGAGCAGAGCCCCCCGAGAAAGACAGCCAAGACCACAGACUCCCCGGCGCUGCAGAACGGACGCAAGGAGCCAGCCAAGAGCAAGGGCUCAUAGCAAGGGGGGGGGGGGAGAGGGCAAGAGAGAGGGUACUAGGAGAGGGGAAACGAGGGAGAGAGAGGACAGAGAGAGGGGAAAGGGGUGGAAAGAGGUAGGGUUGAGGGGGAGAAGCCAAGAUCGAAGGAUCAUAGCACAGGGGGGAGACAGCAGAGAGAGGAGAGCAGAGAGAGGAGGGGUGUCUCAGGUCUACUAGCCCACGUGGGAGAUCAAGGGCUCAUGAGCCAGAGGGGGUGGGGAGGGGGGAAGAGUGAAGCUGAUAGCUGAGAUGGGGACAUACAAUCCUGUAUUUAAAGAAAACUGCCUAAAUUAUUUUGGAUAUAUGUAUUUUAAGCAAUGGAAACACAAGGAAUGGUAUUUGGAGACCUGAAUCUGGAUUUCACGUUGGAUUUCACAAGCAGCUUUGGAGAGCCGUGUCAUCUUCCAAUGCAUGGAUCAACCAAGAAGAAUUCCUCAGAUAAUCCACAAUAAUCAAGAGCUGUUUGAGAUGGGCGGUGACUAUUUAUAAAACAAAGUUACCAGGUUUCCAGAGGUUCUGGAUAUCUGAAUACAAUUUGUUAUAUUUUAAAGUGUCUGUGAACGAAUUCCUUACAUCUUUGUGCACUUCCAUUCACUAUGCAGCAAUGUGUAGUUUUAAAAAGAAAGUCUGCAUUUUCAUUUUUUUUAAAUAGUAUCUGGUACCAUAUUAAAGAAAGCUGUUUACACACCUUCAGAUCUAGGACCCCACCCCCUCCAUCUGUCAUUAACCAACCAGCUGCUUCCCUGAUUGACUGACAUGCUUUCAGCCAGUGAAGAGGCAAGAAAAUAAAAAUGCAGGCGCUACAAAGACUCCUCAAUCAAUUCAAACACACACAAGGUGCUUCCUCCCAGGAAAAGAAAAUUGAAAGAAAAAUACUUUGCAUGAUGUUUCCAGCACUGAAGAGU